AUACAGUACUUAAAAUUUCGAAUGAUGUCGCUACUGCAUCCGUUAAUGAACAGAAUUAUGAUAUAGCAAAAAAUCUAAGCUGUGUAAUACGUGAAGAUUUUAAUGAUCCAAAUGAAAAAGUGAUAAUUUAUGCUGCAUUAACUGAAAGAGAUGAGAAUGGUAUCAGUGUUGUAGAAAAGGUUUGGAGACUAAAUACAGAAGAGAAACGUGUUAAAUUUUUAAGAAG